CGGUGAAUUGCGAUACGAUUUUAAAACUGAAGAAAAAAUGUCACAUAUAAUUUUUUCAGACCUGAUUUUAUUUAACUUAAUGUGUUAUCAAAAAGUGAAUAGAGUACUUUGAAAUGCUGUACGCUACUCUAAGAAUAUAUAUGAAAUGUUAUGUUUAAUACUUGGAUUCUUUUUGAGUCUUUUUGUACCAGGUGAAUGCGCCGGGGUCAUAGAGAUUGGAGACUUGCCGGCAUCUGUAUCGGUCUUUGAAGAUACUUCCGGUGGCGAGCUGUUGUACAGUGUGACGUAUUAUCAGAGCCCUAGCAUUACAACUGUCACAUGCUUUUUCAAUCCGGCACAAACAAAAUUUACAAUACCAGCAGGGGCUGGCGGGGGUCAAUACUUGGUUAAGGUUGCAUUAUCUCCUGGUUUUGAUCAUGCUACCACACCGACAUAUACCGUCACAGUACGAUGCGAAGAAGGAACCGUGUCGGCGGAUGCAACUGUCACUGUCAAUCUUAUACAAAAUGUUGCACCGACGAUAUUAAACGAUCACACAACUGUAGAUCUGUCAGCAAAGACGAUAAAAGCUGGAAUGAAUAUAUUCACAUUGAGUUACACGGACCCCGACACGCCGUCUCCUCUACCGAACCAGGCUAUUGACAGCAUCACACCAGCAGAACCGGAAAGCAAUUUUUUCACCUUCUCAAAUGAUAUGUUGAAAAUUCACUACAACCUUAUUGACUAUGAUGACGAAGCCCAGUAUGUUGUUCAGGUUAAAGUAGCCGACGAGAAGUCAGCCAGUAGCACUGUGACAGUAACCGUUAACAUAAACGAUCGAAAUACUGCGCCUGAAUUCGCGGAUGGGGUGAGUCCUGACCAUAGUAUUACUUUACCGGAAUUCACGUCGGGAAGGCUUUUAGUGCAUGAUAUCGAUACAUACGAUGCCGAAGGAGAUACUGUCAAAAUGACCGAGACAACCACUAAUGGCGCCUUUGAACUGGUACCAGCGACCGGGGAAAUAUUCCUCCUAGGUGACCAAACGUUAGACUACGAGAUAGCUACCGAAUACAUAAUUGAAGUGGAAAUCCAGGACUAUAUCGAUGUACAGACAACAUCAACUUUUACAUUGACAGUCAGCGUUAGUAACAUAAAUGAACAACCUACGUUCACAGGGACGCCAACGCCCGUGACGAUAGAAGAAAGCGCGAGCGGAACUGUUGUUGGUAUACCGGAUCAGUUAUGUACCGACCCUGACAAUGUACCACCAGAUAGCAUUACAUAUACGAUACUCUUCAGCACGGAAUCUGUAUAUUUCUCCAUUGAUCCUGCCACUGCCCAAAUUACCCUCGCGUUAGACUACGACUACGAUGACGUCAACCUUGCAAAUGAAGUGAAUCUCACAGUUCGUUGUUCUGAUCUUGACGGUUUGAGUGACGAUACAACUUACGCUAUAACAAUCACAGAUAUAAAUGACAACAACCCAAUCUGUACUCCAUCAGUAACCAGUUUCUCAUUGACAUAUGCGCAGACCGUCAAUUCAACCCUUGUGAACGUGGACUGUUCGGAUAUAGACAGCACGGUUAACGCCGAGUUGGAAUACAGCAUCAUAGGACUUAGUACCGGAUACGGGAAAACCUUUUUUCAAGUUGAUGCGAGCGGAAAUGUUUCAGUAUUCACCGAAUUUACCAUGGAUUACAACACAUCUUUUUAUAUAACCGUUCUUAUCAAUGAUAAAGGAACGAACCCUGGAUCUCUCUCGGCGACAGUGACGUUGACAGUGACUUACACAGAAAGACCGACCAUAAUGACGUACGAGAGGGUAUCCGAAUGUUUUCUGUGUACUACGUCAGCACUUACGUUGAUUUCGGCAGCUGCAUUAGUUGUGUUUAUGUUCUUGAUAGUUUGUAUUGUUCUCACAGUGCUGAGAUGUGUCUUUGACCAUGAGAGGGAAAAGAUUCAUAAAACGUUGUCGAAAACUAAAAAGAAGUCGAGCUGGCGAUGGUGUGGUUGUCUGAGACCUGGUCAACUGAAAAAGAAGAAGAAAAGCAGGAAGGAAAUAAUGUUGGCCGAGAGAAGGGACCAGGAAUAUGUUCGAGCCAGGAACGAGUUGAUUGGUUUACCUGAUGGUCCAAGCAAAGAUACAUCGUUAAGCCAAGACAAGAGAAAUACAGGCAGAGGGAUUCAAACUCCAGCAUACCUGGAGAGAGAUAAAACCCCAGAUAUCUCUGCCACCCCUGUAAACAAGAAAGGUCUUACCGAACACCAGAAAGAGCAACUGGAAAUGUUUCAAGAAAUGAAAACUAAACAAGGCCCGUCCACACCGAAGAAAGCACAGGGGUCCAGCGGUAUGGUUUGGUCGUUUAACGGAAAAUAGAUUUUGAGAAUAUUUUCUUUCAGGGAAAAUGGAUUGCUUUUCCUUUGUAUGCUACAUGUAGACUUCUAUUUUGAAAUUUCAAGCGGGGCUUCUAGCUUCUUAGUAUUAUGUAUGAGUAAGAAAUAUAAAAACAUGACUGUUUAAAGCUGUACUGGCUACAUUCAUCUAAGAAGAUACAUUACCCAUUCGAGAUCGUAUAAAUCUCUGUCUGUCAUCAUAUUCAUAAAUCUUUUCUGCUAACAACUGAUGUUUAAAAUUUGUUAACAUUUAAAGGUACUCCACUGAGGUCAAACAGCCAUAAGACGUUUUUGCAUAGAUAAAUUGAUGAUAAAGAAAUAUACUCAAUAGUUUAAAUUUUUAGUACAAUUUUAGCCCGGUUAGAGUGAAAAGCGUUGCAUCGGCCAUUUUGCACAAUAAAAAUGAUUAUUCUGGGAAAACAUUUACAGGUGGUAUAUGGGAAUGAUCUGAAAUUUUGCACACAUGUUUUGAGCCCAGAAAUACAUCAAAUGGUGCACAGUUCAAAGAAAAAAUUCCUGUUUCUUUUUGUCAAAAAACCUCAUUGGAGUUCCUUUAAAGAUGCAAAAUACAAAUGUUGCGAUGUGGCUAUUUUAUAUGAUGUUUUAACAUGAAAGAGUGUGAAUUUAUUCUUGUAUCAGUAACUCUUAAAGAAGUGAAAAUGCAAGUAUUUCAUACGGUCCAUAACCUAUUGGAUAUAUAUAUACAUAAUGGAUGGACCCAGGUUUAGCCUUCCAAAGCUAAAGAGAUAUCAAAAUACAUGUUAAAUAAUUUAGCUACCAACAUGAUAACGCCUAGUCUCGUGUUCACUAGGAUCAGGAUCAAAAUCAAAUUAAAAAAGCUCAAAUAUUGUUUAUCCUCGUAGAUUAAAUAUUAAAUAUCAACUUGAUAAAAUUUGACUUGAAAUGGCAUGCUUAUGAAAUUUUAGAAUAAAUUUAAUAUUAUUUUACAAGAUAUGGGUAUUUUUCAGUUGAUCCGAAUAUUGGUUUUGAUCCAAAAAUUGAUCCUAAUUUUGAUUCGAUUAUUUUUCUAUUUGUUUUGUUUAUAUUUAUCAGUUUUAUCCGAAAUAAGGGUUGGUUAUUUAAUUUGCAAAUCAGCAAUUUCUAUAUUUUGUUUAUGUAGAUCUACCAUUUAAUUUUAACAAAAUACGAUCAGUUUUAAUGUCGUAAAGCAGUGAUAUAAAAUCAGGAUCUUUUGAUCUUUUCUUAAACACGGGGUGAUAAGAGAUAUCUUUAGCAUUUUUUUUUUGCAAAUUUUAAUCGUUCAAAAAAAGAGUUUUUUUAUUUGAUAUUUAUCAUAAUAUAAAUAAAUCUAAACGCUGUCAGAUUUUACUAUUUUACUUUUACACUAAAUGAAAAUUGAAAAAAGAGUUUGUCCUUUUGUUUAUUUAUCUUGUUUGUAUAUUGUUUUAUUUUGUGUAUCUGUUUCAAGUAUAUUGUCAAUAAAGAAAUUUUAUUAACUUUAA